AUGACGGCCCCUCGAAGGAUUAUCGGGCCAUCACAGUCGACCGUCGGAGCCGCAGCCCCAGGCGCACUCACACUCGCAACCGGAUCCUACCGUCUCCAUCCUGUCCCACAAGAAAAUUACCAGGGAAACUUUAUGGCGCCGGAGAAUCGGUCAGCGGAUAUCACAGACGCCCAGAGCGUCUCGCUGUGGCUUUGGAAUUUACCUCUGCAUGUCGCCUACCACAAGCUGCUGAGCGCAAUCAGAAACAUUGGUCCCAUCUUUCAAACCUACAUCAACGGGCCAAAUGAGGAAUUUCCUCACACAUGCGCAGCGAAGUUAACAUUCCUCGAUAAAGAUUCGACAAAUCGGAUGCUCGAAAUGAUCCGCGCCAAAAAUCUAAUGGUUCGCGGCAUGGUGGCGGAGGGACGACUCUACAGAAUCAAGGUGGCGCCGCGCCCUCGAAGAUCCGAGUCGCGAGUCAUCGAAGUCACGGGACCUAAGGAGGUUGUCAGAAUGGAGGUCUUGGAGAGGAUUUGGCGUGGGAUCACAUACCAGCUCGACGAAGUCCUCGUUCUUUCCGAGAAGGAAGAUAGCCGCACCCUAGAGGUGCGGUUUGGCUCGUACAGACGGCAGGCGGAAUCGGCAAGAAAGGCGAUAUACCAGCACAAAGAUGACGCUGCUUUCUCAGGAACCCAGGCUCGGCUUUGGGCGCAGGUCAGGUCUCGCUAG